AUUUAUGGCGCCAAAAGAGUAAUGGAUGAAUACCUCUUGGUAAACUGAUAUCGGAGAUUUACCGAUAUCUACGAAUAAAAGACAUUGGAUGAUCUUUGGUCCCCUGUCUUGAUAGUUUUCCUGCUCGCGACCCAACAGGCAACGAGAAACCAAAAACGUGAAGAGAAAAGCCUGCUAGGAAAACCGCAAUGCCUCGUAAACCCGGUUCUCCUCGUAAAAAGGCCAUCCCGGAUCUUGAACCGCCUGCAUUGGUCGAAGUUCCUGGCAGGCCUUCAAAUGUCAGCGAUUACUCCAAUGACACUGCUUCGCGAUACAGCCAUGCAUCUUCUCUUGAAACACUCAAUGAUCAGAAUCUGGCAAUAGACGUUGCGCCAACGCCCAAGAAGGCCAAUAUCAGCGAUAUCCAGCUUUCUGAAGAAACAAAGGACGUAGUGUUGAACAAAGGCCGUACUAAGCUCGUUAUGGCUCUGAUGAGUUGGGCGUGGAUCUUCCAUGCAAUCAUUAUCCUGGGUGCAACCUACGUCAUGAGCUUUUGGAUUCCUCAAGGCUAUACGGAUGAAGAGAUUUGGAAUAAGGGUUGUUACUGGAAGAUGGGAUGGUUACUUCCUCUUCCCUAUACUGCUAUCUGCUUUGCUGGGCUUAUUCUUCCCAUUCACAAUGCACGUCCGCCCCCCAAGGACGUCGCACCGCGUCGGGUUGAUAACCUUUACAUUCUAACGGUGACCAAGGGCGACAACAAAGAAGCUGUGAUGCGUGCAUGGAACGCCCAUAAGCACCUCGAAAAACUCGAUCCCUGCAUUCGGGUCCACGUCCUCACAGAUGAGCCUAACCAUUUCGAUAACAUCAACUGCUACACCUGUCCCAAAUCCUUCUCUACUGCCCGCUCAAAGUACAAGGCCCGCGCCUUGGAAUGGUACCGCACGACAAUGCGCUACACUGAGCAUGACUGGGUUCUGCAUUUGGAUGAGGAAAGUGUGAUUGACGAUGAAUCCGUUCAGAGAUGUUUGAAUUUCAUCAGAUACGAAAAGGAUUAUUCUUGGGGUCAAGGAAUCAUUCUCUACAACCAGUACAAAUUCUGGCGCAACCCAUUCUUUACCGUUGCUGAUGGAUUGAGGGUUGGUGAUGAUUUGGCGAGGUUCCACUUGCAAUACACCUAUCUUCGCCGUCCAGUUUUCGGUGCUCAUGGCAGUUUUCUUUUGACCAACGGUGCCGUUGAAAAUGCGGUUACUUGGGACUUGGGCAGUUUGACCGAAGACUUCCAAUUUGCUGUGAGUGCAUGGAAGCUCGGCUUCAAAUGCGGAAACAUUUCCGGUAUUGUUCGCGAACAAUCGCCACUCGACUUGAUUGGGUUCUUGAAACAGCGUCGACGAUGGUUUGUCGGAAUUCGUCGUCUUCCAUCGUUUCUUCCAAAGGUGCUGGCUUUGUUCUGGGCCCUUGGUCUUGUUUCUCUGUACUGCACCAUCGCAUCCAUUGUUCUCGGAUUCUAUGUACCAACGGAUACCCCACGGUGGUUCGGUAUUCUCAAAGACUUUUCCUUCAUCGUCUUCAUUUACCUGUAUGUGCUCGGCAUGUUUGUGCAAAACGUCGACAAGGGUUACAACCCUAUUUUGGUCAUCAUCGGUAUCCCUGUAACCGUCGCAUUCCAGUUCGUUGCUGUCAUCAUGGAAGCUGUUGCGGUCAUGUACGGUAUCAUCUUCCCUCCCGCUGAUUUCGAUGUGAUCAAGAAAUAAGGAGAUUGUGGAGGAGAGGGCGAUUGAUGAUUUUGAAUGAGUUGAACGAGAGACUGUCGAGUAUAUCUACAGAUAUGAUUUUAUAGAGUGAUGUAUCAUGCAAGAGAGGAAUAGUGUUGUAAUAAACGUUUACCUUUCCUUGCCGUAACCCCAGGGUUCUUAACCUUAACUCAUUCGAAAUCACUUUAAAGUUGCUGUACAAUACAUAGGUGCUCCUACCAUUCAAG